UUGAAACAACUUGUUAAUAAUUCACAAAGUGGCGUCGUUUUGCAUCUUCAAAUUCCAAUGGGGUCUAUUUUUACAUUUCUACCUAAACCUGCCUUAAACCUCUUCUCUUUCUCUCCCUCCUUUGUUUAACCCUAAAAACACCAUUUUUGAAAGCUCAAAGAUCAAACCUUUGAAAUCCAUCAAUGGCGUUAUUAAGAUCAAAUCUAAGAUUAACUCUCUGUAAAACCCACAUUAAACACUUCUCAAUAUCUAUAAAUGAAACUCUUCAACCCCAGAAAACCCCCCAAAUUAAUGCGGAAGAAACAACAGAUGAACCUUUAAAAACCUCAACUAAUCUCCCUCGUUUAGAAACUCAAAUUGCUGAAAAAUUCCAUUCAUUAAUCAAAGACCAUUAUCGUAAAAACCCUAACCCUAAAUUUGAACUAAGCCCUAAUUUCACCAUUCCUUCUUUGUCCAUUUCUUUCUCGGAGCAUUCAACGGUGGAUUCUCUUACUCCUGCAAUCAUUAUCUCUGUAAUUGAACGAUGUCGUGCUGUUCGUCAUGGGAUUCCUUUUUUUCAAGCUCUGGGUUUCUUCAAUUGGGCGUUAAAUAAUGGUUUUGGGAACUCAAUUGAAGUUUAUCAUGAAAUGAUUGACUUAGCUGGGAAGGUAACACAAUUUGACUUAGCUUGGAGUUUGAUUGAUUUGAUGAAAACUAAGAAAUUAGAAAUUUCGUCUGAUAUUUUUAAUACUGUUGCUAGAAGGUAUGUUAGGGCAGAGAUGGUAGCCGAAGCAAUCCAUACCUUCAAUCGAAUGGAGGACUACGGUUGCCAUCCCGAUAAGUUGGCGUUUACUUCUCUUAUUCAUAUUCUUACUAAGAAAAAGAAGGCGAUUGAUGCUCAAUCUUUUUUUGAUAGUUUUAAGGAUAAGUUUGAUGUUGAUGUUGUUGUGUAUACUUGCUUGAUAAAUGGUUGGUGUAAGGUUGGAAAUAUUCCGGAGGCGGAGAGGGUUUUUCACAAGAUGAAAGUAGCCGGAAUUGAACCUAAUGUGUACACUUACUCGAUUGUUAUCGAUGCUUUGUGUAGGCACCGACAAAUAAAUCGUGCUUAUGAUGUUUUCGCGGAGAUGAUUGAUAAUGGGUGUCGACCAACCUCUGCUACUUUUAACAAUUUGAUGAGGAUUCAUGUGAAGGCGGGUAAGACCGAUAAGGUCUUGCAAGUUCAUAACGAAAUGAAGAGGCGGGGGUGUAGCCCUGAUUUGAUUACCUAUAACUUUUUGAUCGAGUCUCAUUGUAAGGAUGGGAAUCGUGAUGAGGCUAUUAAGGUUAUCCAUCAAAUGGUGAGUGCGGGAUGCACUCCUAAUGCGAGUAGUUUCAAUCCGAUAUUCCAUAUUAUAGCUAAGGUGAAGGAUGUGAACGCGGCUCAUCGUUUAUUUGCCAAGAUGAAGGAGGUGAAGUGUGAGUUAAAUAUUGUGACUUACAAUGUGUUGAUGAAGAUGUUUGUGGAUUCUAAGUCAACCGAUAUGGUUUUGAAACUCAAGAAGGAGAUGGAUGAGAACGGGGUUGAGCCUAAUGUGAACACUUAUAAGACUUUGAUUUCGAUGUUUUGUGUGAUGGGGCAUUGGUCCAAUGCGUAUAAGUACUUUAUAGAGAUGAUCGAGGAGAAGAAUUUGGCGCCGGGUUUGCUUGUUUAUGAGAAGGUUUUGAGUCAGUUGAGAAAGGCCGAGCAGAUGAAGAAGCAUGAAGAGUUGGUGGAGAAAAUGGUUGAAAAGGGAUUCGUUACACGACCUAUUUGAAGGCACCAUAUCUCUGUUCGAUUCAAUAUUGAGACAAUGGUGGCGAAACAUUGAAAAGGGAUUUGACUCUUUGAUAUGUUUUGUGCAAGACCCUGCAACAACUCGAUUGUCGAUGUAUAUCGGCUCAUCCCUAACACUAACAGUCAUUUACGCGGGUUAAUCGAUACUUGAAGGAAAAUGGUGUUGAUGCAAUAUGUAUAGUGCACACUACUACAGUAUACUUUGCGCUCAUAUUGCAUACGUUGAUCAUUUUUUGUUUGUUAGAUUCGUUUAGAUUGAUGUUGUAAUGGAAAAAAAUACGAGAAGUUAAUGAACUCUUGACCUCGAUUCUACUUCACUACAUAUAGAUUGUGUUUUACCACCCGAAUAUUUGGAUCUGAUAGCUUUCGUGCUUUACCAACCGAAUCAAUGGUGUGCUUUAUAAUUUGGAAAGCUUUCUUAGUUCGCAAUGAGGUUGCUCUUGCUUCUACUGAAAAUGAUCUUAAUUUGUGUCUCUUCUUGAGUAAAACCGAACAGGCUUGGUAACUGUCAAGUCAUAUGGCCCUUGUUUAAGGAGGUUGGGUCCUUGAUGAGCAAUGAAUACUUUUCUGGGUAGAUAUUGCAAAAUAGGUUGGCGACUUGGUUGUUGCGAAUACCCCUCUUCAUAUCGAUAUCCAUCUUAAAUUUUCACGGCCAUCACUUACCUACCAUUCGUGGUGGCGGGUGGGUAACAGUUUUAAAAGUUUUAUACUCCUACCUGCGCAUGUAGGUAUGUAUUUAAAUCUAUUUCAUGUAUUAUUCAUCGUAGUUAUGUCCAUCAAAGGUUAUUUUCACGGUCAUCGCUUAAAUAAGUUAAAACAUCAAUUUUAAUAAGUCAAAAUACAACUUAACAACACGUAAAUACCAAUUUUAA